AGCGAGAGAGAAAAAAAAAAGAGAGAAGAGAUGGGAGGGAAAGGUAAGAAGAGGAGAGAGAAAAACUAUUUGGCAUCUCAUGGCGGACCGGCGAGACUCCCGCCGCCGCCUGAUCGUUCGAAGCAAGAUGCUCUUCCUUCCAAGCUCCGUGUUCUCAUGAACUACACCUCUCCUCCUCCUCCUCAAGAUUCUACUAAACAAGUUGUAGAUAAGAAAGAGAAGAAAGCUAAAGCUGGAGUUGAUGCUGCCAAGAAGGUCAAGCCUGGGAGUGAAGCUAAGUCAGAAGCAAAGGCGGUUGAAGAAAGCAAAUCUGAGGGCUACACAACCUCCUCUGAUCAUGAGAAUGAUGGAGACGAUAUAACGUUGAACAAGGGAGAUGACAAGAAGAAGAAAAAGAGAAAGAGGAAUGAGAUUAAGGACCUUCGUUUCGAACAGGAACUUGCGGAGUUGGAUGGUCGGUCCAAAAGGAAAGAGCGCAAGAAGAAGUAUUGGGAGGCCAAGAAGCAAAAGAAGAAAGGGAAGACAGAAGAUACACUCCGAGAAAACUUCCCAAAGCAUGAGCAGAUUAGAUUUGGUGAUGUGGUUCUAGCUCCACCAAAGCUGGCCGUUGUUCCAAAGGCAAGAAAGACUCCUAUGAGUGCUUCCAAGGAGAGGCUGCGAUUAGAGGCUAUUGAAGCUUACAGAUCUCGCAAUGGAUGGACCUCUAGACCAGGCGUUCAGAUUCCUACCGUGACCAUGCAAUAAGAUGGGGCCAUGAACUCAGUUUUGUGUACUAGCUGGCUGUAAAACUAGUUCGGAUUCUCUAACGUUGUGAUAGUUCAAAUUUUCCAAACAUCUCUUUCAAUAUGUAAAAGUGGAUUAUUUAUUUUUGAGUAGAAUGAAAAAUUUGGGUGUUUGCU